UGAAUGAAUCUGAAGUACCAUUAUUUGUUCAAGAUUUUGCUAUAGCUAUUAUUGAAAGCCUAAAAGAAAGAUUUCCAGAUAAUAAUCUUAUUGAUUCAUUCCAUAUAUUUGAUCCAAAAGAAUUACCAAUUGAUAAAA